AGUGACGUUGUCCUUCAGCUUCAACGAUAAGUGGGGUCGACAAGUUCCUGGUAUUCCCUAGGUAGAAGGGGCCGAUUCUGACAGUCGUACCUUCUAUAGACAAGUUCCCCCGGAACAACUGAUUGGCAGUGCCCGUAGAAUACAAGCUGUGUUCACUGAGGUGCUUGAGCAAGAUGCAACCCCCAGCUUCCGACACCCACUCUCAUACACGAACGAUCUAUAAUCCGGGCUUUAUAUCGACCAAGAGCCUCUGACAACUUUCAAGCCAUCAUGGCCACUUACACGUCCUCUUUUCACCUCAAUCCCGCUUCGGGGCUGUCUCAGGCAUUGCAGUCUACCCCAUUGCCAUGGUUGGCUCCAGCAUUUAAUGCUCUGAGUACCCUCAUCAACAUUCUGGCUAGAGCAGAGUCCAACAAGAAUGGCAUGCGACUACUCGAAGAACGCUGCCUCAGUUUCUUGGCCAUUAUUAAGAGCGAAGGCGAAGCCAUGGCACCGGAUGAGAAAACAAGGAUUUGCUUAAGCGCACAAAGCACCAUUCAGGGCAUCCUCGAAAGAAUGACUCCAUGGUGCUUGAUGUCUAGAGUCAGACUGUUCGCCAAACAAGAUGAACUCGCCGGAGUCAUACAACAAUGUCAUCUUGAAAUAUCUGAUUGCUUAAACAAGUUACAGAUAACCUCACAUCUGGAGAUUCACAGAUGGCAGUCUGCCUUCGAAGAGAACCAAAGGAUUGACAAUGAAUAUAUCGUCCAAUAUCUCGGAGACCUCAGAAACACACAAGAGCUUCUCGUGGACGCACAAAUGCAACAAACUGCAGUCGUGCACCAGAUAUUGACGGUGAUGCAAGAGAAUCUUGGACAUGUCUCUACAACAGCUGAACACGGUCUGCAAAGUAACUUGUACAAUCUUCUCCAAAAAUCCAGAACUUUACUCCCGAACAUGGAUCUGAAACGUGGGGAAGUGAAGCGUACCAGUAACUAUGCUGUGAAUGGAACAAGCCGAACCGAUGUUUGGGAAGGAUGCUACCUCAACGAGGAGAAGGUUGCCAUCAGAGUCCUGCGCGCGGUCUAUGCCACGCCCAAAACGCUCAAGAGGUUCAAGGCAGAAGCGGAAAUUUGGAGAAGGAUAUUCGAAGCUGACAAAGGAGCGCACAUCCUUACGAUAUACGGUUUCUGUCAAAGCGACGGGGACUAUCCUUACACAGUAAGUCCCUGGAUGUCUAAUGGGACCUUGAACGACUACGUCAACGAACACCCCGAAGUUGACCACCGAUAUAUGUUGAAAGGCGUCGCUGAAGGCAUGAAGUUAUUGCACAGCAUGUCUGUUGUUCACGGUGACAUCAAAGGGAUCAACAUCGUCAUCAGCCCGGACGGCAGACCACUGCUGUCUAACUUUGGUUUCACAAGGCUCGAGGAGGAAAUUAUGAGUUACUUCGACGUCAGCAAUGGCAGCACUCUAAACCAGGAAUCACUGAGAUGGUGUCCUGCUGAACUGUGUAGGAGUGGAGGUAAACGUACAAUGGCGUCUGACGUCUACGCCUUUAGUAUGACAGCACUCGAGCUUAUGACCCACGAAGAGCCUUGGGUGUCAGUGCGUCUCGCAACUCAAGUAAUUCUUAAGGUCUGUCAAGGCGAGACUCCACGAAGACCCACGAACCCGGUUGUUGCAGAACGAGGUCUGGAUGAUGCGUUGUGGGCCCUGUUGGAGAAGUGCUGGUGCACCAACGUGCAUGACAGACUUACAAUGAACGAGAUCGUAAAUCGCUUAUAAUGUCAAAUGUGUAGGUUUUGUCUCCGGUAGCCUGGACACGUAGAACCAAAAUCGUUUUGAUGCUUCACACGGCGAAC